CCUACCCCGCCAAGCACCACAGAGCCAAUGCCAGAGUGCCAGCCAGUGCCAAGUUGACGUUCAGGGAGUGAGGGUGUGCCGAGUGUGUGUGUAUCAGUGCCUUCCUCACAUUUCAAAGGCACAAGUGGAGAUAGAAAAAAAAAUAGAAAAAAAAAAAAAAACAUCUCAGUACAAGUUUUACCAGUUCAUCUCCAACUUCAGAAGCUCAACGAUCGAGUAACACUGCAACUCUACGCGCAGCACCCCCACUACUUCCAAAAGGCUCUCACUGAAUCUACACGGGUUUUUACGGGUGUUUUUUUUACGGCUCUAGUGACGGAUUAACAACAUUUCUACAUUACGAACAGAAGAAACACGCUUGAGAACCCGACUGAUCAUCUCUGUGGCCUUUGAAAAUAGUCGUGGUGAGAGCAAAGCGUUUCCGAACAAAAAGUGAUAUAUACCUCAAGACACAGAUGUAAUUCCUGACCCAGAGAAAGAAAACUGAAGGCAGAAACACAGUAAGACCAUCAGAGGAAACACGAGGAACUAUUAGUCGCAUAUUACAAGACAGGUGUCAAAAUGCAGGUGUGUAGAAGAGGGUGGCGUGUGCAGGUGUGCCUCGCUCUGGCUCUCACCUGCUUCACUGUACUUGUUCACGCCCAGCCAGCAGCAGGUGUCAUGGAUCAGGACUCAAGACUCUGCCGUGCUUGCUGUCGACAGAACCACCAUCACCUCUGACCCUCGCUUCUCGGUAAACCACCCGGAGGAGACAGAGGACUGACUAUUGGAGGUCCGGGGGGUUGAGUCGCGGGAUGAAGGCACCUACGACUGCCAGGUGAACACACAUCCCAAGAUAUCCACUCAGGUGCACCUCAAAGUACUCACCCACCCAGGACAGACGUCAAUACUUGAUAUGCCGGUCUCAGACACAGGAAUGCUCUUCCCUUCCCCAGGUGGUGGCAGAGGUGAGGCUGGAGAUUUGAAGAUACAAAUACUUGGUGAGAAGUGGGUGGAGCUGCCAGCCGGGUCAACGCUGCAUCUCGUGUGCCGGGCGACAGGCAGACUCCCCCCAGCCACACACUACAGGCCCCCUCUGCUCUCCUGGACCAUUGACGACCUUGCUGUCACCUCCGUGUGGCUGCGCUCCAAGGUGAUGGUGAAGGAGACGAUGAGUGACCACUACCAGCACCGGGUGGACUCACUGCUGGUGGUGGCCGGCCUGCACCUCUCGGACAGUGGCACACUCUCCUGCUCGGCGCCAUCUGCUCACCCCGCCACCGUCACCCUUACCGUCACACACCCACGGGAGAGGGGGAAGGCCACGCCAUCAGCCUCUGGCCCCAGCAGCUGGCCCAGUGGGUGGAGGGACGGAUCUGCCGCUCAGAGUCCUGCACAGUCCGACGCCACGCCAGCAGUGGGCAGCGCAGCGACAGCCAUGCUCAGCGGCACCAUUAUUCUUAUCAUACUUGUUCUUCAAGUUGGUCUUUGCAUUUUCUACACAAAACCUGAGGCAUUGUCAGCCAUUUUCCACACACACAACCCUUCCCCCAGCUGAGACAAGCACCCAACACACACACACACACCCACACACCAGCACCUGCCGUCACCACAUCACACUGCCACCCAUCAUUGCUGUUCCUUCCUCUUUACAACAAUAAUUUCAACAUUACAAUGUUAACUCACUUGAACAAUAUUUAAUUGUCAAUAAAUAUUUUUGCCCUC